GGUGUCUCGAAACUGUAACCCGGAAGUUGAUGUUAUUGGCUACAUUCGAGGUCAACUGGAGCUUCAUCCUGCAGCUUGAAGCUGUAGCGGAUCCCAGCGUAGCGCCAGCUCGAUACCGCCAUCAUGUCCCGUUCCCGACAACCCCCUCUGGUCACCGGCAUCUCGCCCAAUGAGGGCACACCCUGGACCAAGGUCACCAUCCGCGGGGAGAACCUGGGCACGGGGCCAGCUGACCUCAUCGGGUUGUCCAUCUGCGGACACAACUGCCUGCUGACGGCCGAGUGGAUGUCAGCCAGUAAGAUCGUCUGCAGGGUGGGGCCGGCCAAGGAUGAUAAGGGCGAGAUCAUCGUCACCACCAAGUCCGGGGGCAACGGCACCUCCACCGUGUCCUUCAAGCUCCUGAAGACGGAGAAGAUCGGUAUCCUGGACCAGUCUGCAGUAUGGGUGGAGGAGAUGAACUACUACGACAUGAGAACCGACCGGAACAAGGGCAUCUCUCCUCUGUCCCUGCGGCCCGCCAAUCCGCUCGGCAUCGACAUCGACAAAUCGAAGGUCCCCCAGAAGGACCUGGAAUCCAUGUUUCCUGGAAUGAGCGGAGACUUCACCAGCGAAAACUUCUCCGCCACCUGGUACCUGAUAGAGAACCACUCCGCCACCAGUUUUGACCAGCUGCGUAUAGCGGCACAGAACCUGAGGAAACAGGCCAAUAAGAAGAACGAGGGCAGCCUGGCCUAUGUGAAGGGGGGUCUCAGCACCUUCUUCGAGGCGCAGGACGCCCUGGCAGCCAUUCACCAAAAGCUGGAGGCAGACGGCACGGAGAAAGUGGAGGGCUCCAUGACACAGAGACUGGAGAACGUCCUGAACCGGGCGAGUGACACAGGAACCUUGUUCCAGGAGGUUCUGGGUCAAGACAAGGCUGACUCCACGCGCAACGCUCUGAAUGUUCUGCAACGCUUCAAGUUCCUCUUCAACCUCCCGCACAUCGAGCGCAACAUCCAGAAGGGAGAUUAUGAUGUGGUGAUCAAGACUACCGAGAAGGCCAAGUCCCUGUUUGGAAACACAGAGGUGCAGGUGUUCAGGAAAGUGUACGCUGAAGUGGAGACCCGCAUCAGUGCCUUACGGAGCCUUCUGCUGGACAAACUCCUGGAGACCCCAUCUACACUGCACGACCAGAAGCGCUACAUACGGUACCUGUCGGACCUGCACGCCCCGGGGGACCCUGCGUGGCAGUGCAUCGUGGCCCAGCACAAGUGGAUCCUCCAGCUCAUGCAGACCAGCAAGGACAACUACAUCAAGAGCCAGAGAGGAUUAGAUGUGGAGGGGGACCUGCGGCCCUCUGCAGUCACUCGUCUCAGCCAGACUGCGUCUCUGAAGAGAGGAGGCAGCUUCCAGAGCCCUGCAGAUACCUCCUGGCGCUUUAAGGGCCCGCAGCAGGUCAGCUUCGUGGAGAACCUGACGGACGUGGUCAUCAGCCAGCUGCCCAACUUCUGGAAGCUGUGGAUCUCCUACGUCAACGGGAGUCUGUUCAGUGAGACGGGUGAAAAAUCCGGUCAGGUGGAGAAGUCGAAGAAGAAUGCCCGGCAGAGACAAAACGAUUUCAAGAAGAUGAUCGAGGAGGUGACCCACCGCCUGGUGAAGCUGGUUCGGGGGGCUCUGCUGCCCUCCACGCUGAGCGAGCAGGAGCUCCGGCUGUACGGGGGCUGGGAGGCCAAGUCUGAGCUCUCAGGGCAAUGGCUGACCCAGGUCAUUCACACUGUCAGGGUGAGUCACGAGGCUCUGGCUGCUCUGGAGAUCCCCAAUGAUCUGCUGCAGGUGAUCCAGGAUCUGCUGCUGGACCUAAGGGUCCGCUGCCUGCUGCUGACCCUGCACCAGACUGCUGAAGAUGUUAAGAGACUGGCAGAGAAAGAGGACUGGGUUGUGGACAAUGAGGGAGUCACGUCCUUGCCGGCGCAGUUUGAACAGUGCAUGGUGCAGAUGCUGCAGUCACUGAAAGAGGCUAUGGAGUGCAAGCCUGGAGAGAUCAACCUCUUUCAGAUGGAGAGAACUCAGGACAGAGCUUGUGAGCUGUGUGUGGGCAUUAUGAAGGUGUUCAUAAAUUGCCUGGAACAAUUAAGCACCAAAAGCGAUGGAGACAUCGACACGUCACACCUGUCUGUGGACAUCGCCUCUCCGGACCUCUUCGGCAGCGUUCACGAGGAUUUCAGCCCAACCCUGGAGCAGCGUCUGCUCAUCAUCCUCAGUAAUUGCCAGCACCUGGAGAGGCACACCUUCCUCAACCUGGCCAAUCACUUCGAGAAGCACGGCUUCCUGGGCACGGAGAAGAUCACCCGGGUGAGCGUGGAGUUGGUGAGGGAGCUGGACGAGAGGCUCUUCGAGUCCUACAUCGAGAAGAAGGCUGACCCCAUCGUCGGAUCGCUGGAGCCCGGUAUCUACGCCGGAUAUUUCGACUGGAAGGACUGCUUGCCUCCAACAGGGGUGAGAAACUACCUGAAGGAGGCCCUGGUGAACAUCAUCACAGUUCAUGCAGAGGUCUUCACCGUGUCUAAAGAGCUGGUCCCCCGCGUGCUGUCCCGCAUCGUGGAGUCUGUGUCCGAGGAGAUGAGCCGCCUCAUGCAGUGUGUGUCCUCUUUCAGCAAAAACGGAGCGCUGCAGGCUCGGCUGGAGAUCUGUGCCCUCAGAGAUGCCAUAUCCUCGUACCUGACAACCGAGAGCAAUACCAGCUUUAAGCAGGCCCUGGAGGCUCUCCCUCAGCUGCACAGUGGAGCUGAUAAGAAACUCCUGGAGGAGCUGCUGAACACGUUCAAGAGCAGCAUGCAGCUGCAGCUCACCUGCUUUCAGCCCUCCUCCGUCCUGCCCAUCAAGAGAUGAGCACGUCCCAAACCUCCAGCGUCACCGGCUCGGCCCUCCCUGCUCCUUUCGCCCUGCCGCUGCAGAGAUGAGCCGCCAACGUCGCCUUCCUCACCUUCCUCGCCUUCCUCGCCUUCCUCACCUUCCUCACCGGCCUCUCUGACACUGCAGCAGCACAGUGCCACACCGAUAUCACUGUCAUGUCAUCUUCUUUUUCUGUUUUCAUUUGGCAUUUCAGUCUGUUCUUGCAUUAGAAACCAUUACCUGGUUAAUGCUUUGGAAACUAUAUGAAUUUGCCUAUUAACGCAUUAUCUUUUUGUCAUGCAGUAAGUAAUUCAGUUAAAAUGUUUGUUGAGCAGUAGGUCUUUACUUUUUUUUUUUUUUCUAGAUGUCACUCUUCAGAAUAUAACACUUUGAAACAGGAACAUUGCAGUUUGAAUAUGUCAGUUUCAACCAAAUUAUUCAAGCUUUUCUGUGUAUCCAGGAUUUCUUUUUAUGGGUCUCAUUAUGUUCAGAUAUGCCUCUACAUUGAUGAUUAUGUUGCUUUACUGUGUGAUUAUCUGUCUUUAUGAAGUAUGAAAUAAUAAAAAUAACACUUUCAUUGUGAAUGAAUAA